AUGCGGAGAAGGAAGAAGAAGGGGGGACACGAGGACGGGGAAGGGGAAGAGGGGGUGCUGGGGGAUCAGAAUCAGCUGCCAGAGGAGGGGUCACGAGCUCGGGCAGUUACAGUGGGACGGGCAAAGUUGAAGGGGAAGGUCGCAGCCGAGGUGAAGAGGAGCAGAAAAGAUCCGAGCAAUCGGUGUGUCGUGCUCGCUGAGGAGGGAGGAGCAAGGGGGGCACUCAUGGUAGCGCAGGCGAUGCCAAGGCAGGAUGGAAGGGUCGCGGUCCAGUAUCAGCACCUUGACCCGAAGAUGGACGUGAGCUCGUUGGUGAGCAACAAACUGAUGGACAAGCGGAUAGUCUUCCUCUCGUUCUUGCCCAUGGACAAUCCUGGGGGAGCAGGAGACCGCAAUCAAACAGCUGAAGUUCUCAAGAUCCUCAAUGAAUCGGCAGACAGACUUCUUAGCCUUCACCUGUCUCAUUUCUGGGCACACAUGAUGCACGACAGACAAGUUGAGACGUUCCUGGAGUCCUUCCUGCGAUACCGACUGAGAAACUUCGACGACUUCGAGGAGGACCAAUUCGAAGGAGUCACCUUGGAUGCUGUACACGAGCUCGAGGAGAAAGUAUUGAUGAUCCUGUUGAGAGCGUCGUCUCCUCUUGGGUUCGGGAGCGAACUUGAGAACGGAAGCUACAUUGCUCCUUCGACACACUCGCAGUCAAUUCAAAGGAAGUUGUUCAACAUCCCCAAGAUCCUUGACAUCAGCUCAGUCUUCAGCUCAGUCGAUUACAUCUUGACGCAGAAGAUCAUCGAAAACUUGUUCAGUUCACAGCCAGUUUUUCACAAAGAUCUUGAAAUCAACAUCCAGCGGACGGCCGAGGCAAUCGACAAGAGCAUUGUCGACAUCGUUGAGAUCUUGCAAGCUGAAAGAAUUCAGGGUGAUACUCUCAUCGACCAAGUUACGUUCCUGGCUGAUUCUGCCCUCACGAUCCUAAGUUUCCAAAGGUUAUUUGCCCCCGCUGUGCAGUCGGCAAUAAAACUCAAACUGCACUUGAAUGUUAGAGCUAAAGCAGGAUUGCUGGAUUGUUUGUUCUCCUUCCUCACCGGCGGGACGCUUGACGGCGAAAGUUUUGCUCACAUUCUCGACGUGUCUCGCGCCAAUGACAUGCAGAGGGUUGUCAGCGAUGUGAAGCAGGCCUUGCAAGAGAGAUCGACAAGUCAGAUUCGGAUCCUCCAGGAUGUCAAACAGCUUGUCACCCAAUCCUUGCAAACCAAGAAAUCUGCCGUGCAGAGCACAAACAACAAGCAGGGCAGCGCAACAGAAAAUCGGCAGCGCAUCGAACAGGUCAUGGAAAUCUUCCCUGACCUUGGGGACUACUUCGUCAAUGAAAUGCUUCAAGCCCAUCAGAACGAUCCUUCUCUCGUGAUUCAGGCCCUGCUGGAGGACAACGUUCCUCCUUCUCUCGCUCAUCUCGACCGAUCCUCCAAGAUCGCAGACAUGACGCACAAGAAGGUGGAGAAGAAGACGGCGAGGCUCCUCCCUCCUCAGAGUGCGGAGCUGCGGGCAGGGAUGGAGGAGAUCGACCUGCUCGCCAGCCAAUUCAAGUUUGAGAGGAGCCGAGUGAAGGGAACGAGAGAGGAGGAGAAGCUGAGCGAGGAGGAGGCUGAUGCUCUCAGGCAGAAGACAAAACAUCUUAUCAAGCUCCAGCACCUGGACGAGCUCAGAGAGGAGAUUGCUCUUGCGGAGGCAGCAGUCGCCGCGGGCCGGCAGGAUGCUGAGGAUCGAGCAGCCAGGGCCCGGGCGAGGCUGGAGGAGGAGGAGGCAGCGCUAUGGAGCCAACGAGAAGACGCGCAUCAGUACGAAGACGAGUACGAUGACGCGUUCGAGGCGUUCGCGUCCUUGGACAUGGGAGAAGGGCUAGCGGAGACGGAGGGGAGGAGGAGGCAGAGAGACGCGGGCGGAAGGAACAAGGAGGAGGAAGGGGAGGAGGAGGAGGAGGAGGAGGAGGAACUAUUCAUGGGGAUCGAGCGUAACGUCAACCGCGAGGGAGCUGAGGACGAAGACGACGACGAGGAAGCACGAAAUGCGGUCCCAAGGGGCAGGGGCAGGGGCAGAGGACGAGGAGGCGCAGGAAGAGGCGCGGAGGCAGCGUCGGCAGGAGCAUCGCAAGAACAGAAAGCCAGCAGGGGAAGAGGAUGGGGAAGGGCUAACGCCCGACUGACGAGGAGGAAGGAGGAGAACAAGAGCGCGGUAUCCAACCAUCACCGCAAGGAUCGAGCAGCGAGGAAGAUGAGGCUCGCUGGCAUGCCUGCAUAG